CCCUUCUCCCCCGACCCCGAGCCGCGUCAAACAAAACAACCUCGUGGGAGCUCUCUCUCUCUCUCUCCUCCGCACCCGGCCUCCCCUCUCCUCCCUCCCUCCCUCCUCCCCGGUCGCCAAUUCCUGCGCCAUCAUCCACCCCCCACCCCCGCGGCCGCCGGAAUCCGCCGCAUCGGACGGCGAGCCCGCGGCGCCCCGCCCGCGAAUCCGGGCCGCCCGCGCCCAGAUCCGCCCCCAGCGGCGCCCCCGGAUGUCAUGAGCCGCCCCCAUUUGCCCAAAGACCACGCCUUUCCGCGCGCGAAUGGGUUCUUCGACGGCCGCCUCUGCGAGAUCGAGGAGGCGGACGCCGCGGCCGCCCUAGCCGCCGCCGACCAGUCCUGGUCGGGGUCCCCGUCGCAGUCCACCUCCCCGUCGUCGGCGUCGUCGCUGCCCAUGUCGUCGUGCGGCCAGUACAUGCUGCACCGGGUCGGCAAGUUCGACACCCUCGCCGGCGUCGCCAUCAAGUACGGAGUCGAGGUAGCCGACGUCAAGAGGCUGAAUAGCCUCUCCACUGACCUCCAGAUGUUUGCCCACAAGACACUACGGAUUCCGCUCCCGGGAAGGCAUCCUCAUUCGCCUUUCCAGCAGAAUGGUUCAUACGAGUGUGGUGACAGGGAAUGUACUCCACGGCGUCUUCAUGAUGAUCUAUUGGAUUCAGUUUUGCGAACACCAAGACACAAAGUCUCCCCAGCCAUGAGCCUUUUGCAGGGAUACUAUGGUCUCACACCACCUCCAAAGAGGAAUCCGACACAGGAAGGCACCGAGAUAGCAUUAUAUGGAAAAGGCAAAUCAAUUUCCUUGGUUGACGAGCCUUGGUCCGCAGAGACACCAAAUCCCAACACGUUCAUGUUUGAGCAUAGGAAACCCAGAAGCCAGACAAUAGGUUCUCUUGUGAAUGGCGAGUCUGAGGAGAAUGGAGACGGCGAAAGACCAGUAAGGAGGCGCCCGAAAGCUGACGGCGAGUUGCUACCUAGGGAGGAAAAUGGCAGUGCCUUGUUGUCACGGGCGGGGAAAGGCCUCGCAUUGAGGCCAAAGUCGGGCACUCGACCAGACAUGAACAAGAGCCAUCAGAAUCUUAUCGCGAUGUCAGAGCCUUCGUUUGACGGCGGGCUUCAAACCGUAAAGAAAUCGUCGAGCACCCCUGAGUUCCAAGAGCCAGAGAGCAGCAGCGGCUCCUCCAUAUGGUCAGCAAGCAAGUGGAGCUUGAAGCCAGACGCUUUCGCCCUCCCUCUUUUUGACAGCAUUCCAAAGCCAAUUGCUGCUUGGAAAAACAAGGCAGCCCGAGAUUAGCAGGUUUCCCCAUCUCUUGGCUGCCCACCUGAUUCUUUCGCUGAACUCUGGCUAUAUCCCAUGUAACCCCGUGGAGGAGCUUGAAGUCAUGUCGGCACCGGUCCUCCCAGCGACGAAAGCAGGGUAGGAAAGACCUCGAUGACAGCCUCUGAUUUUGCAUGGUUUGUCAUGCUAUAUAUGUUGGAGAUGAUGUGGCGGGUAGAGGCGUUACCUGUCUUCACAUAAUCUUAUAGAAGAUGACACCGAGCCUUGGGUAUUCUUUUGUACACAAUUGGAGAUAAUGUAGGAUGAAUAGGCAGGCUAUAUGUUGUAUGUGUGAUCCCAUUCCCAUACACUGAUAUAGAAAAGAUUUGUCUUAUUUCUUGAGUUUA